AUGUCUGCAUCGAAGGAAUUCACCCUCCAGGAGGUCGAGGCCCACAAUACCAAGAAGGAUGCGUACCUCGUUGUGCACGACAAGGUCUACGAUUGCACCAGCUUCGUGGAUGAGCACCCUGGUGGUGAGGAAGUGAUUCUGGACGUCGCAGGCCAAGACGCCACCGAGGCCUUCGAGGAUGUCGGCCACAGCGACGAGGCGCGCGAGAUCCUAGAUGGUCUGCUGGUCGGCACGGUCAAGCGCAUGCCCGGCGACCCCGAACCCCGCGCCCAGGCUGCCACCACCACUUCGUCCUCGUCCUCGACCGAUGCCGCCGGCUUCGGCGUCGGUCUGUACGCGGUUGUUCUCAUUGGCGGUGCUCUCGCCUACGGCGCAUACAACUACCUCCAGGCCCAGCAGCAGCAGCAGUAG